GAACGGCACAUCAUUACUGAAUAGUAAACCUGAACAAUACCACAAACUGCGUGUGACUGAUAUGAUCUAGUACGUUAGUAUGCAGUGAGAAUACCUUCGACGCAGGUUCAUAUUGAAACUGGAUUUCUAUGUUGACUUCUCCAGAAACAUUAUGGACGUUUCCCUAUGUUGCUGGAGAUAACUGACUCAGUUGUAUAGCAUGUGGUAGGAAGCGCACUUAAACUGUCGAGUGGUCAGUAUAUGGCUUGUUCAGCUCGAGUCAUGUGUCCUCACAGCUGUUUCCGGCUAGAACGCCGCUUAUAGUUAGGGAUGUAAAGACUCCUCAUGCGGUAUACGGGCAGUUAUAUCCAAAACCAAACACUUAACGUAGUUAAAAGUUCAGGUUAGCUUUUAGACAAUGGUUAAACUGGAACCUGUGGCAUAGAAAGCUAACCUGUGCGGAGAUACAAGCUAACUGCGAGUGUUUUUUGUAUGAAUAGCAUCUAUUAAACGGUGACAUAGCUGUGAAAAUAACCAAUAAACCGUAGUUUGAGAAACCUAGACUAACAAAAUGAGGAUUUUAAGGGCUUUAAUGAGCAACAGAUCAAUCGGGAAGCUUGUUGAUCACUACUCCAGGUUUUCCCCCUCACCUCUCUCUAUGAAACAGUUCAUAGACUUUGGAUCAGAAAAUGCGUGUGAGAAGACCUCGUUCUUGUUCCUGAGAGAGGAGCUGCCAGUCAGGUUGGCCAACAUUAUGAAAGAGAUUAACCUGCUGCCUGAUAACUUACUCAGGACGCCUUCAGUGGGCCUGGUGCAGAGCUGGUACAUUCAAAGUCUCCUAGAUAUACUGGAGUUCAAGAAGAAAAAUGCUAACAAUGAAGAAGUCACUGCUGAUUUCACAGAUGCAGUGAUCAAGAUCCUUAGCAGGCAUAAUGAUGUGGUGCCCACAAUGGCACAGGGAGUGGUAGAGUAUAAGGAGGCAUAUGGUACUGACCCUGUAACCAGCCAGAACAUGCAGUACUUCCUGGAUCGGUUUUACAUGAGCAGAAUUUCCAUAAGAAUGCUCCUUAACCAGCACACGUUGCUGUUUGGAGGGAAAGUGCAGGUGAACCCAGCUCAUCCUAAACAAAUAGGCAGUAUUGAUCCUUACUGUCGUGUCACUGAUGUGAUUAAAGAUGCAUAUGAAAACGCUCGAGACUUAUGUGACCGAUACUACAUGAACUCUCCAGAAUUAAAACUAGAAGAAUUCAAUGGUAAAGAACCCAACAAGCCCAUAACUGUGGUUUAUGUGCCAUCUCAUUUGUAUCACAUGGCAUUUGAAUUAUUCAAGAAUGCCAUGCGAGCCACCAUGGAGCUGUAUGGUGAUGCUAUGGAGUACCCUGCAAUUCAUGUUAAGAUUAUCCUGGGUGAUGAAGAUCUCACUGUGAAGGUCAGCGAUCUUGGAGGUGGAGUACCACUCAGGAAGAUUGACAGGUUGUUCACGUACACAUACUCCACUGCCCCAAGGCCUCAAAUGGACACAUCCCGCGCUGCACCAUUGGCUGGUUAUGGCUAUGGUCUGCCCAUCUCCAGACUAUAUGCCAGGUACUUCCAGGGGGAACUGCAGCUCUAUUCAAUGGAGGGCCAUGGCACAGAUGCCGUUAUAUACAUCAGAGCACUUUCUACAGAGUCCAUUGAAAGGCUCCCGGUAUAUAACAAAUCAGCAUGGAAACAUUACAAGACCAUGCAGGAGGCCGAUGACUGGUGUGUGCCGAGCAAAGAACCCAAAGACAUGAGCACCUUCCGCAGCAUUUAGAGGCGCUGCACCAAAGGCAGAGCACAUACAUCAUACAUCAUCGAGAUUAUAUUAGUUGGAGUGCACAUUAGGAUGGUUUGUAUAAAGUACAAAUGAAAAUCACUACUCAAUGAAAGUGAAAAUUAAACACUUGCAUUGAAAUUAUUGUAUUGUAAAUUAGCUUGAGUGAUCUAUUCAGAAUCUAGUGUCAAAUAUCAGUGUGAGAUCCUGUAUAAUCUAACUGAUUCUCAGUGUUUGGAUGCCUUUUGGUUAGAUAUUGGGCGUUACAGUGAUUGCCAGUACUUCUUAUGUUUGUUUUU